ACUCCAUCGAAAAAGUUGUCGGCUGUCUGCGCGACGCGCGUUAUUCACGACACACUACACUACACAGUGCACAGUCUCGUUUACUUGUUUGUCGUUUCAUAACUGAUGAAAUUUUCGUGUUUAAUUUUUGUUUAAGUACAGUUAUACAAUUUUGUUUACUUCAUGAGGACUAAAUACUUAAUACUUUCAACAUACCUACUGGACUGGUCGGUUGUCAGCCGGUCAAUACAAAGUAUCUGUAUACUGUACUAGAGACUCUCUUGCAUUGUAAGCUUUUUACUUCUCUAGUAGCGUAGUGCGGAUUUCCUGCGGCUUGUGUUGUACGUUAUUGCGUUCUCGUCUGUCGUUUACUACUACCACUAUACUUCUAAGCAGAUAUAUCUUUUGAAGUCCAUUAUCAAAAUUCUGGUCAUACGCUUGUGUGGAUCACUUGUUGUGUUUAUUUGAAAAUUCAUACGUGUUUGAACUAUGGAUACAUUACCAUCUGACAUGUUUUAUUCAAAAUAUUCAGAAAGUGAUGCACCAAUAUCUGUCAUUACGGAAAUCUUGUCAGAAAACGAUCCUAUAAAAUUUGAAAAUAUCUCCAACCAGUUUAAAGCAUUAAGAUUUACAAAAGUACGACAUUUGGCACAAGCAACCUUAGAAAAAGCUAGCUUAAUAAAAUUGAGUGGUAAUUCUUUAACACUGCUUUAUAGAGCUUUCGAGAUGUAUGAUAAACACCUUGAUGAUCUUCAAACAUCUGCAAAAUUAGAAAAUCAAAUUGGAAAUUUUAUCAGAACUCAACAAAUAUGUAAAGAAUUACUUAAUCAUAAACCUUUUGAUGUAAGUGUUGUAAAUCUAUUGGCUGAAUCAAAUUUUAAAUGCGGGAACUAUGAAAAAUCUCGUAGUUACUUGAUAAUAGCACACAUUUUGGAUCCAAAUUCUUUCCAAAUAUUGCUUAACCUUGCAUGUAAUUAUUGGAAACAAUCUAGGUAUGAUUACGCAAAAUUUUUCAUACUUGAAGCUAUAAAGAAGUCAACCAGUUUUAAUAUUUGUUGGAUUUAUUAUGCUGAAAUAUUAGUUAAAACAAAUGAUAUAGCAAUGGCUGAAUUUGUUUAUAACCAGAUUUUAAGAUUACAACCGGAUUCAUAUACUGUACGAAACAAUUAUGGAAAAUUCCUUCUCUCACAAAACAAAGUAGAAAAUGCUAAAAAGCAAUUUAAAAUUGCCCAAAAAAGUGCCAAUAAUUGUGAAGCUUUGAGUAAUUUAGGAGAUGUAUAUUAUACGACUAAGAAAUAUGACAAAGCUAUUUUAAAUUAUCAUAAAGCUUUAGAAAUAAAGCCUAAUUUGAAAAUAACUUUGUUUAAUUUGGGAAUGGUUUAUUUACAAAUAACUGAGUACCAAAAAGCAGUUGAGGCAUUUGAAAAAACUAUGAAAUUGGAUUCAGAAAAUGCUGCAGCUUUAAGAUAUUUAGCAAUUGCAUAUUGUUAUUUAGAUAACAUGUUAAAGUCUGUAGAAACCUACAAAAGAUGUUUGGAAUUAUUACCUGAUGAUUUGGAAGCUAAUUUAGAAUUAGGUCUUGUCUAUUAUCACAACCUAAACAAUUUGCAUGAAGCUGAAAAUUAUUUUAAGAAAUGUAUACAAUUGUGUCCAGAAAGAGAAGAUUUGUACAAGAAUCUUCUCGGAGUUUAUCAACAGUUAAAUAAACGUGGAGAUGCAUCAAAUGUUUUCAUAUCAUUAGGUGAUUUAUUUUUGAAAAAAUCUGAUCUAGAAAACGCAAGAAAUGCAUUUACAUCUGCUUUGUUUUUAAAUCCUAUAAAUACUGAUGGUCAUUGGAAACUCGGACUUACUUUGCAUAAACUAGGUCAUUAUGAAUUGGCUAUAAUUAGGUAUAAGAAAGCUGAUGAAUUGGCACAAAGCUUAGGCCAUCUUUCAUGUUAUUCUGGAGUUAAGAGCAAAUGAUAACACUUAUAACCCGUUCAGUUUAUCUUGGCCAAUGUAUUAUAGGCCUAUAAUCAACAACGACAAUAAAAAUACAUUUUUUGGCUUUUCUUGCAUUUUGUCUUAUAAUAAUUUUCAUUUAUUAAUACUUUUUUAAAACUUAAUAGUGUAAUUUAUGUAGUUUUACAUAUUAUGUACUAAAAAUACACAUGACAUUAUAUUAUUCAUGAUUUUUUUUUUUUA